UGAAGGGUACAAGGAGGGUGCUGACGGGGCUCUUUCCAAUACAAACAACGCGGAGAGAUCAGGUGCACUGUCAAAAGUGGAAGUCAUUAGAUAAUUUCAUCCUUGGCUAUCUGUUGUGUCCUGGAACGCAACAUUAUCCGGGCUUCCAGAAGUGCAACAUGGUUCUGCUUCGGCACAUAUCCAUCGCCCUAACUGCAGCGGUGGCUGCAUUCGGGUCCGCGCUGUUUAUCGCCUUAAAUUAUUUAUACAGAAGGCGAAUAUGGUCUCCCGAAGCGGAAUAUUACAUGAUCAAAGAGGAGGAGGAUGGACAGCGCCAGGUGCUAGUCCUUGGCCUAGACGGAGCUGGGAAGAGCAGUAUGCUUCAGGGGCUGACAGCCACAGACGGAGACAAGAGAGGGCACUGCCGUCCCACCAGGGGCUUCAACUUUAUAAGCCUCAGUGCCCCUGCCCGUCAGCUGGAUUUCCUAGAAAUUGGAGGGGGUGAGGAUUUGCGUAUGUACUGGGCAGAGUACCUGGGGAAGACGCAUGCCCUGGUGUACGUGGUUGACUCCUCUGAUAGACGACGUCUCCCACAGGCCAAGGCUGAGCUGCAUCGCCUCCUCAGACUGCACUCACAACUUCCUGUGGUGGUCCUGGGGAACAAACAGGACAAGCCAAACGCAUUGAGUGUGUCGGAGCUCCAUGAAGCCCUGUCUCUGGGGGCGGUGGCUGACAAGAGGAGGCUGUUCCUACUGGCUGCCCAGCUAGGCUCAGAUGGCCUGAUUGUCUCCCGUAAUCUGCAGGCCUUCCAGGACUUGCUCCUACAGCUCGUCUGACGCCCCAGGGCAGGAGUAGUGAAAAGGGGGUUGACCAGGCAGGUGGGAUGGGGAAAGUGGUCCAUUGAUGUGCCCGUGUGGUAAGGACCAGUGGCAAUUGGACAUGACUGUGUGUGAAUACUUUUGAACUACAGUAGAUCCUUCAGGGCCAUCUGGAAGGUAGGGAGCGAAAAUUGUUUGAUACACAGUCAGGUCCAUAAUUAUUGGCACCCUUGAUAAAGAUGAGCACAAAAGACUGUAUAAAAUAAUAAAUACUUUAUAUUUUAUACUAAUAAAGUUGCUCAAAGAGAUUUUGUUUAA